AUGCAUGCAUCUGGCACGAGAACCCGCGAGGCCUCGCGGCGCGUGGUGGAGGCCACAUUGCGGGUGGUGCUGGUGGCGGUCGUGUUCUCGUUGGCCGCGGGAACUCCUGGCAGGAGGGAGAUGGGGGACGAGGGGAAGCAGGAUGGGCAGGGCGAGGGGGAGGAAGGCGUGGAGGCGUGGGUGGUGCCGCGUGUGCUGCGACCGCUGGUGCAGCGACUGAUGCGAGCCAAGGUGAUUGCCGCCUUCCACUUGGAAAGGGCAGCGUCGCAGGGUGGAGCUGGCAGUUCACGAUUCUCACAUCAGCAGCAGUGUAUACAUGGACGCGUGUUAGCGGAUAGAAGCAGUCGUUCGGUCGUUCGCAGGAAACUCGAGGCGCGCACCACUGGCGCCCGCGUCUACAGCAGAGUGCUUGCGGUGAUGCGGGAGGAGUGGGACUUGGGUGGAGAGCAGGGUGGCGAGGGUGGAGUAGUAAGACAGGCAGGCAGCGCUUGCUGGGCAGUCGACAGGCACAAGCCACGGUAUUCCGGCGCCCCUCUCCUCCCCCCCAACCCCGCCUACCCCACCUUCGUACCCGCCAGCCACACCAUGCCUGUAGGGCCCUCCUCGCCCCUGGACCACGCCAUCUCCCCCUCCAUCCCUGCUCUCGCAGUCGGGUGGCCCCAUGCCCGCUCCCUAUGUGGUCACUGCGCCCUCCGCCUCUCCUCAAACAACGCGUUACAGGGCUGGGCAGUGGCAGCAACAGUGGCAGGUGUGCGCCGUCGCUGUAGCCUCCUCCCCCGCCCCGCGUCCCGCAACAACUUCUCCGAGCAAGGGGAGGGCGAGAGGGCACGGGAGGUGGCGACCACGGCGAAGAGAAGUGGGGGCGAGAGGGCACGGCGGUGGCUGAUGGACGAGCUGGGGGCGCUGGGCGUGGACAGCAGGGAAGAGAAGUGGGGGAGGCGGGGAGUGGGGUGGGUGAGGUCCGUUCUCCCCUCCUCCGCACGCCUCGCCUUGCCUCCCCUACUCCUCCUCAGCACCAACUCCUCUGCUGAGCGACCCCAAAGGGACGACUUGGGGGCAGCAUGGGCGAGAGCAGUUGUGGAAACACAGGCGGAGCAGAGUUUCAUUGAUACGAACAUGAGCGGAGGAGGUGGGAUAGCAGGGGCAGGGAGACAAGGUCACCCAGGCAUGGAGGGAGUGCGGCGGCCACAAGCAGGAACAGGCAGCAUAGGUAGCACACGCAGCACGGGCAGCAUAGGUAGCACACGCAGCACGGGCAGCAUAGGCAGGAGGAGCGCGAGCAUGGAUGUGUCACGCCGUUGCUGGCAGUCGAUGCCAUUCUCACUCACAGACGCCUCCUCCUCCCUGGGCUUCCCGCAGCACCGGCAGCAUGGCAGUGCCGCAGUGCCCACAAUGGUGGCGGCGGUGGCAUGGUGGGCAGCAGUGUGGAGUGCAGUCACAGCAUCAGCGUGGUGA